AUGCAGUUCGUCUUCGUUCUGCUGCUGCUUGCUGCCUCCAUUCUCCUGGCCAGCUCUGAUGUCGUCUCGGCCUCCGUAAAUAAGGACGUCACGCUCUCCAAGUCGACUCGUUCGGACCUCGUCCACUCGGCGAAUGCUGGUUCGGUUAGGCUCUUGAGACGUGAGGACCAGAACGACGAGUCGGAGGACGGAGAGAGGGGCUUGUCCAGAGCUGUGGCCGAAAAGGCAGCAAACGCUGCCUCGAAAUUGACUAAGUCAAAGUCGUUUUUGUCUGAGAAGGCUGCGGUGCAGAAGUUUGCCCGGUCCAAGUCCUUUUCGGACCUGAAGAGGAACCUGAAUUACGAGCAGCUGGGCAACGAAAUCAAGACAGGGUACAAGAGCUCUCUUCUCGUAAACUUCAAGGUGUGGAACAAGCAGAAGCGCGAUCCCGAUGAGAUGUUCCGGUUCUUUAACCUCGACCACAGGCUGGCGGGGGCGACGAAGGCUGAUAAGCACAAAAUAUGGGACGCGGCGAAGCAGAUGACGUCUAUGGGCAGUACAUCCUGUGGUAUAAGUACUCGAAGUUCUACAAAAAGGAAAACCCGGGCUGGGUUAGCACGCUAG